CGAAAAUUCGUGCAAGUUUUCCACAAUCGCCCAAACUUCGGCCGUUGCCAACUGUCUGCCAACAACAACAGCACACAAAACAAGUGGUUGGCAGAAGGGUGUGCGUGUGUGUGUAUGUGACAGCGACGAUGAAGAUUGAGCUGAAGAAGAGCGGGCAGCACAACCGGCACAAAGAUGUCGCCGCUGCUGUUGUCUGGACAACGUCUGGAUCACUCGUGUCUGCUGGAGAUGACCACCGCGUCUUGCAGUGGAAUGAAACCCUGGACGAUGCCAGCGAGCUCAUCAAUUUGAAGGAGGAGUGGUAUCCUACCAGCGUCGCCGUGGGGCCCAAUCCAAAGCGCUCGCAGGGCGACGUAUUUGCCAUCGCCUUUGACGACGGCAAGUUCCGGCUCAUGGCGCAGACUGGCCGCAUCGAGAAGACUGUUGAAGCACACACAGGCGCCAUCACAACACUCAGAUGGAGUGCAGACGGGCAAUCCAUUCUCACAGCGGGGGAGGACGGGCUGAUGAAGGUGUGGUCGCGCGCCGGCAUGUUGCGCACGGUGCUCGCACAAUCAGCACAACCCGUGUACGGAGCGGCGUGGAGCCCCUGCGGCAGCCGCGCCAUCCACACGGCAGGCAAACACGUGGCGGUGGUCUCGCUCAAGGCGACAGCAAAGGCCGAGACGUGGAAGGCGCACGACGGCGUGGUGCUGUGCGUGGACUGGGGCGCCGCCAGCAAUCUCAUCGUAUCCGGUGGUGAGGACGGCCGCUACAAGGUGUGGGAUGCGUUUGGGCGGCUGCUGUAUGCGAGCACACCGGACCUGUACCCGAUCACCUCCUGCCGCUGGUCCCCAACAGGCGAUGCAUUUGCCGUUGGCGGCUACAACAGCGUGCGACUGUGUGACAGGGCUGGGUGGUCGUAUGCGGUGGAUAAGCCUGCGACGGGGUCCGUGUACGAGGUGCAGUGGAGCCACGAUGGCACGCGUCUCGCCGGCGCAUGUGCAUCUGGCGAUGUGCUCCUCGGACAGCUCGUCAUGAGGUCUGUGUCGAGCCCGCGCUACGUCGUGACGCAGACGGGCCCGGCCACCCUCAUCGCCCGCUCCAUCGCAGCCAACACAGACGAGGAGCUCGACUUCCGCGAGCCGAUUGUGAAGAUGGUGCUCCGGUUCGGGCACCUAGUCGUGACGACGGCGACGCAGUGUGUUGUGUAUGCAGAGGACAACUGGCUGUCCCCGAGCACCAUCAUGCUCAAGGCGCCCGCUGUUGCCGUCACACUCGGCCGAUCCCACAUUGCACUCGCCGACAAGACAGACACAAUCACGGUGUACACAUAUGACGGCAAGACUGCGAGCACCAUCAAACCGCCACACGCGCAAUCGGACCGAUUCUCCGCCACAUCCAUCGCCGUCGCCGACGACACCGUCGCCAUCAUCGAUCACAGGGAUGCCAAGGCGGUGCGUGUGUACGACACGCAGAGCGGAAAGGAGAUGGGCAAACCACUCGUGCACUCUGUUGAAAUUUCUACCAUCCUCCUUGAUCAGGGCGGUGCUUCCCUCGACAGAUGCCUCGCGUUUGUCGACAAGAACCGCGAUUUGUGCAUCGUGCAGGUCCGCCGGUCCCAGCGCCGCGCGGAGAAGAUUGCGACGAUGGUGAGCGAUGCCAUGUGGCACGACGACCACCACAUGCUCGCGACCUUGCAGGAGGCAAAGCUGCAACUCUGGUUCUACCCGGCCUGCGCAUUUGUGGACCAGGACAUGCUGUCGUUCACCAAACAGGGUGUGGUGACGGGUGGUGACUUGGGCAAGGCGCCAUAUCUUACGUCGUUCUCCGGCAACACGUGCAGCGUCAGGCGCGCAGACGGCGCAAGCAUGACAUUCAGCGUACCGCCGCAAGUAGCGGUGCUGCAGUCGCACACGAGCAGAAACGCGUGGGAGGACGCCAUCCGCCUCUGCCGCUUCAUCAAGGAGGAUGCGCUGUGGGCGUGCUUGGCGGUCAUCGCCACAAAAGCGAAAGAACUGAACGCUGCGGAGAUUGCGUACGCCGCUGUCAACGCGAUUGACAAGGUUGAGUUUCUGCAGCUGGUCAAGUCCAUCCCAACGGCGGAGGGGCGAAAGGCGGAGCUGGCAGUCUUCUCGGGCCAGAUUGAGGAAGCGGCGACGACGCUGCUGCAGGCCGGCCUCAUCUACCGCCUCGUCGACAUGUACAUCCGGCUCUUUGACUGGGACAAGGCCCUUGAUGUGGCUAUCAAGCACAAGACGCACGUCGACACCGUGCUGGCAAGCCGACAGCGCUAUCUUGAGGGUCUCGGCCAACGCGAAUCAAAGGCCAAAUUUGUGCAGUACUCGCAGUCGGUGGAGGUGGACUGGGAUGACAUUCAGUUGAAGAUCCAGCAGGCGCUGGAGGCCGAGAAGCAGCGGCCGGGCGCCACCCCAUACGUCUGAUGCAAAUGUGAUGGUGUGUGUGUGUGUGCGAUUGUUGUGUGUGUGUGUGUGUGUGUGUGUGUGUGUGU